AUGGACAAACCUUCUUUGAUUAGGAGGAGGCUGCCUCAGCUGUUCGCCGCUCUAUCGGCGACUCUGGGCGGCUUCUGUCUGGGCACCGUGCUGGGCUGGUCGUCGCCCGCAGGCCCCCUCCUGGAGAAAGAGCUGGAGCUGUCAGAAGAGAUCAUCUCGUGGCUUGGCGGGAUCAUGCCGCUGGGCGCACUGGCUGCCAUGGUGAUGGGGUCCUUCACGCUGGACAGGGUGGGCAGGAGGCUGCCUCUGCUCUGCCUGGCGCCGCCCUUCGUGCUCGGCUGGAUGCUGCUCUCCUUCUGCAAGGACGCGUGGGUCCUGCUUGUGGGCCGCUUCAUCACUGGCUUCUGUGGUGGCGCCUUCUGCACAGCCUGUCCUGUCUACACUGGAGAGAUCUCCGAGAAGGAAAUCCGCGGCGCACUAGGCGUCUGUUUCCAGUUCAUGGUCACUUCAGAUGGGUGGAGGGCUACAUGUUGUGGACCACCUGCAGGCAUCUUGUAUGUUUACGUGGUGGGUAAAUGGUCGAAUCUGAUGUGGCUGUCGCUGCUGUGCGCCAUCCCGCCCAUCUUAUUCUUCGUGCUUUUCUUCUUCGUGCCGGAGUCGCCGAUAUUCCUGCUGAGCCAAGACAAGACGGAGAACGCGACGGCGGCGCUGCGGUGGCUGCGCGGUGGCGCCAACGCCGAUAUCAAUGCUGACCUCGCUGAGAUGACCGAGACAGUGGCCCACGCAAGGGCGCGUAAGGGGAAGUUGAAGGAUAUGUUCGUCUCACACGCAGCAGGGCGUUGCCUGGGCAUCGGUUUGGGACUACAGUUUUCCCAGCAACUGUCCGGUAUCAACAUCAUUAUCUUCUAUUCUGUGUCCAUCUUUGUAUCUGCGGGCAGCAGAAUGGACCCCAGCGACUGUGCCAUCAUAGUCGGCGUCGUACAGGUGCUGGCGACCUUUUUGUCUACAGUGCUGGUAGAGUGUGCAGGCCGGCGAAUAUGGAUGAUGCUGUCCAUGAGUGGCAUGGGCAUAUGCCUCCUCUUAAUGGGAGUGUACUUCAACCUCAAGAACAGCGAUCCAGAGACCGCAGACCACAUCGGCUGGCUCCCCCUGCUGUCCAUGUGCCUCUACCUGCUCUUUUUCUCUCUAGGGGCCGGCCCCCUACCCUGGGUCGUCAUUGGGGAGAUCUUCCCAGGAGAGAUCAAGGGCAUCGCCGCCUCCAUUUGUGGUGGCACCAACUGGACACUCGCCUUCAUCGUCUCAAAGACAUUUGUCAACUUGGUAGGCGCCAUUGGGACUGACGCCACUUUCUGGCUAUAUUCUGGCAUCUGCUUCCUCGCCACCGUUUGGAUCUUCUUCCGCGUUAUUGAGACGAGAAACAAGACACUGGAUGAAAUCACGAAGGAAAUUAUUGGCGAAUAG